UUAAGACAGGCCAGUUCUUCGAAGCAAGGACAAAUCCGGAUCAAAGUCGGUGCCGUUGCUGUCUUGAUCAAUUACCUUGAUGACAAAGGAGAGUUGACGAUCACGAUCCCGCCUGUCAGGACAGAGAUGUCAAAGUUUAAACGACGGGGAUGUGCUCACUUUGAUGGAGAUCAGUCUGAGAACGACAGUGUGGAUUUCAGCUUUUGCCCGGACUGGACAUUUGACGAGGUUGAUGCUUACAUUCGAAGACUUUUUCCAAAGGUCUUUGGAUACCUUGACUCUGUAAAGGCAGGUGAUGUAAAGGGGAAGGCCAUAGAUAAUGGAGCAUCUGAAUGGGUGUUGAUUUCGAAAGAGAACCGCAGGCUGAGUGUCACACCUGACCCAUUUCCGAACGGCAAACAUCUUGAACGGUACAAAGGCAGAAAUAAUGCCCCUCUUCAACAGACAAAUGUUUUUAUUGGUGAGCCAUUAAUAAAUUCAUCAGGGAUGUUCUAA